UAUAACUGCCCUGUUCAUACACAGAAGUAUAUAAGGAAUCCCAAAGCUACUGUCAAAACAGUGUUCAGUCAAAGCGUUCUCUGACAGCAAAACAGCCAAAAUGGGAAAGAUCAUCUUCUACGAGGACAGGAACUUCCAGGGCCGCUCUUAUGAGUGCAGCGCCGACUGUUCUGACCUCCACUCUUACUUCAAUCGCUGCAACUCCAUCCGUGUGGAAAAUGGAAACUGGAUGCUGUAUGAGCAUCCCAACUACACCGGACACCAGUAUUUCCUGAGGAGGGGAGAGUAUCCUGACUUCCAGCAAUGGUUGGGAUUCAAUGACUCCAUCAGAUCUUGCCGCAUUAUCCCUCAGCAACGUGGUUCCUACAGAAUAAGGAUCUAUGAAAGGGAAGACUUCAGAGGCGAGAGCAUGGAAUUUUUGGAUGACUGUCCAUCUGUCCAUGAGCGUUUCAAUUAUCAUGACAUCUACUCUUGCAACAUCUUGGAUGGCCAUUGGAUCUUCUAUGAGCUGCCCAACUACAGAGGUCGCCAGUACUACCUGAGACCAGGAGAAUACAGGAGAUACACUGACUGGGGGUCUGUCAAUGCCAGAGUUGGCUCCUUCAGACGUGUUAGAGAAAACUAUUAAACUGAGUUUGAGCAAAUGAUUUAAAUAAAAAUAUGGUAAUUUAAAAUU